CUUUCUAUAUAUUUGUUAUUAAUAGCUUUCAUUGACAUAAAUCUUACACUUUCCAACUCCAAAUACCAUAAAAAAUGGAAGAAGAAAUCCCCCACCGGCGGCCAGAAAAACUCCUCGGAGCGGCUUUCUCCGAGCUGAAAACGCAGCAAGCGAUUGCUUUUCCAUUGGUGGCAAUGAACCUAACGUGGUUUGCAAAGAUAGCCAUCACGACAGCGUUUCUUGGUCGACUGGGUGAGCUCGAGUUAGCCAGCGGUACGCUUGGGUUCAUGUUUGCAAAUGUGACCGGUUUCUCGGUCUUGAACGGUCUAUGUGGUGCCAUGGAACCCAUUUGUGGUCAAGCCUACGGAGCCAAGAACUUCAAGCUCCUCCACAAGACACUAGCCAUGAUGGUCUCUUUGCUGCUAUUAACAUCACUCUGUAUUUGCUUCUUGUGGCUAAAUGUUGAUACAAUUCUCGUUUAUUUUGGCCAACAAGAAGAUAUUUGUAUUGAAGCAAAGAGGUAUCUUUUUUAUCUCCUACCAGAUUUGAUGAUCACCUCCUUCUUGUGUCCUCUGAAAUCCUACUUGAGUUCACAGAGCAUAACAGUUCCGAUCAUGUUAACCUCGGCUCUGGCAGUGGUUCUUCAUGUCCCGGUUAACAUUUUCCUCACAAAAACCCGAGGCUUCGAAGGGGUGUCGAUGGCCAUUUGGAUCACCGAUCUUGUGGUUGUCGUUCUGCUUGUGAUCUAUGUAAUGGUGACGGAGUUCAGAAAGGGUGGAAAAUGGAAAGAAGGUGGGUGGACGAGCCAAGGGAUUGAAGACUGGAUCCAAUUACUGAAACUUUGUGGGCCGUGUUGCCUCACGACAUGCCUCGAAUGGUGGUGCUACGAAAUCUUGGUGUUACUAACCGGGAAGCUCCCAAAUGCUAAACAAGCGGUUGGGGUGAUCGCGAUUGUUCUAAACUUUGACUACUUGCUUUACUCUGUAAUGCUUUCAUUGGCCACUUGUGCGUCUAUUCGUGUUUCCAACGAGCUCGGUGCGAACCAGGCGGGACCUGCGUACAGAUCGGCGUACACCUCAUUGGCGUUGAGCUCGGUUGCAGGUUUAGCUGGUGGGCUAGUCAUGGUGUUGGCUAGAGGCAAGUGGGGUGCUCUGUUUAGCCAUGAUAAAGGGAUUGUGAAGGGUGCGAAAAACGCCAUGCUGUGGAUGUCUUUAGUGGAGGUGGUUAAUUUCCCAUUGGCGGUUUGUGGCGGCAUCGUAAGGGGAACCGCCAGGCCUUGGUUGGCAAUGUACGCAAACCUUGGAGGGUUCUACCUGUUAGCAUUGCCUUUAGGCGUAAAUUUAGCUUUUAAGGUUCAUAUGGGACUCAAAGGACUACUAAUAGGGUUCUUAGUCGGGAUGGUCGGUUGUUUAGUUUUGUUAUCGAUGUUCGUUUCGAGAAUUAAUUGGGCUGAAGAAGCCGAAAAAGCACAAAGGCUUGUUGUCGAAGAUGCAGGCGGCAAGAUAUCAGCCACUGCUGAAAACAUGGCCACAGAAUGAGCAAAAUGUAACAAAUUUAAACAAGAUUGUAUAUAAACCAAUAGAUUAGGCCCU